AUGGCAGACUCAAUCACGGAAACAUUAGCUGCGAGUCGCAAAAGAUCUAAGCCCGGAUCCGACGCCAGCUGCGAGGCCCUGGCUUCAAUCAACUUCAACGACAGACCGACACAUACUACUAAUAUUAUACUAUUACCCAAAAAUGAGGAUGAGGUGGAACUUUUACUCGAAAAGACGAGCGCCCUCGCGGGCGUGGUCUCCCACAAUCGCAGCCUGGCCGUCUGGACCUCCUUCGCGGCAACACCAAACCCCAAAAGAGACCCCAUCGCCAUCGCCAAAAAGGAAGCCGACGUGCGAGAGCUCGAAAUGUUUAAUCGCUUCGAAGACAUUGGCUGUCAACUACCGCCCUCAAAGAGGCUCGACGUACUCAAAGACGUCAAACCCCUCGACAAGGAGAACAGGAAGACGGCGGCGCGGUACGUGGACAUGGCCUCCUGCGUCGACGAGGUGUUUGGCACGCAGGGCGCAUCCAAAGAAAACGUCGCCUGGAUCGUGGAGAACAUGGAGGUCGUGCUGCCGCUCGUGAAGUUCUAUUUGCGGGUGAAGCGGGCGCGGAGGAACCUCGCUGGCGGGCAGGACUGCCUGACGAGCAACGAGCUGGCCGAAUACCAGACCGUGCGCAAAAUCCGCAGCGUCCUGGGCGUGAGGAUGCAAAAGUUCCGGAUGGAGAAGGCUUCGGAGAGAAGGCUGAGGGGGUACGAUGUCGUGUUGUUGAGGAGGCAGAAUGAGAUGGCGGCUAUCUUGAAGGGGCAGCGAGAUGCGAGGGGAAGGGUUGAAGGGUUUAGUGAUGGUCAGGAGUCGAGGGCAAAACGGCAACGUUGUUCAGCCUAG